UCAAAAAUGGCUUCUCUGUGUUACUCUCUACCCUUGACCCUAAAAUCUUCCACUGUAAACCCUAAACCCUUAACCAAUCUCUGCUUCCUCAACCAACCCAAGCCCAAGGUCCGUCUUCCAAAGACACCAACCCUCAUCACUCGCAUGUCACUGAACCCAACUCCGGCCACAGAUCGGUUAAUCUCCGUCGCAUCCUACAGUCUCCCGUUCUUCAAUUCCCUCCAAUACGGCCGCUAUCUGUUCAUCCAAUACCCUCAAUUGGGCAAUCUAUUCGAACCCAUUUUACCCUUCCUCAGCCUCUACAGAUCCGUCCCGUACGCCAGCUUCGUGGCGUUCUUUGCUCUGUACCUGGGUGUGGUUCGAAACCCGAGUUUCAGCCAUUACGCGAGGUUCAAUUCGAUGCAGGCGGUAACGCUGGAUGUGCUGCUGGUGGUGCCGCUGUUGCUGACCCGGAUACUGAAUCCGAGUCGGGCUGGGUUGGGGUUCAAGUUGAUGGUGUGGGGACACACGGGGAUCUUUGUGUUUAGUUGUUUGUGUUUUGUUUAUGGAGUGGUUUCGUGUAUUUUGGGUCGGACUCCAUAUUUACCUUUCGUCGCUGAUGCUGCCGGUAGGCAAGUUUAAGCCUUGAAUUAUCUAUUAAAAUAACAUUCUUUU